GAUAUAUACUUCGAAUGCAUAUAUUCCUCAAAAAUAUGUGAAAAUUUGGGCCUUUAAAGCUAGUUGGGGGACUCUCCCAUUUCAUUCAAAAGAGAGAGUAGUCUGAUGAGCAUGGGGGGAGGAGGUGAACGAGAAGAAAUUGAAGAGGUGAAGAUGAUGGAUGUAGGUCUGAAGGACCUAUCAAGAAAGCUUGAAGAGUUUGCCAAGGAGAGAGACUGGGAACAAUACCACAGUCCUAGAAACCUUCUUCUUGCAAUGGUUGGUGAAGUUGGAGAGAUCUCAGAAAUAUUCCAAUGGAUGGGUGAGGUGCCCAAGGGCUUACCAGAUUGGAAGGAAUCAGAUAAGGAACAUCUGGGAGAAGAAUUGUCUGAUGUACUGUUGUACCUUAUCAGGCUUGCCGAUAUAUGUGGCAUUGAUCUUGCAGAUGCUGCCAUUAAAAAGCUUGUUAAGAAUGCCAUCAAAUACCCCAAGCCCCUUUAAGAAUGACUAAGACUGGUGCUGCUGCAACUCAUGUUUUUGCUAAGUUGAUGGGGAUAUAGAACAUUUUGUAAUAAAUUAAUCUGGAAAAGUUAGCAAGGUUAAUAAAAAAUAUCUAUUUUUCCCCUAGAUUUAUUGUGAUUCAGCCACUUCAAUAAUGAUUUUCCCUCUUUUCUUCUUCUUUUAAACCCAAGUGUGGUGAAUCAUAGGG